GGUUUGAUCCAUUUUUCUGACACGGGUCGUCGUAGCAAAGGCAGGCGUUUAAUCGCUACUUAUCAUCAGGACAGCACGUGAUGUCGGCGGCGGUGGUGCCCUGGGGUCUGGGAUCGAGGGUCAUCACUGGCGUCACCAAGGCAAAGAACAGACAGACGUGCACUGCCGACCCUAGUUGCCAAUCUUCUUCCAUCAGUUUUGAAGAACGUGGCACCCCACUAAUCACACCUGCCACUGUCGAGGAAGACAAACUACCGUUCGGUGGGGAAGGGGAGCAAAUGAAUAGUGAAUGCAGACCGUGGCAGGUAAAGGACAAUUCAAGUGAAACUUUCUCCUCCUCUGACCGCAUUAAUCGCCCUACCGAGGGGAUGAAGGCAGGCAGCAUCGUGCCAAGAGGCUCUGUUGAAUGUCCAGGAUCUCAGUCGGGCAGCUCUUACCCAGAUAUGGAGGUUUAUGGUGGAUACUUGAAGCCUCUGUACCAAGACGGGGAUGUGAUAUUGGAAGUAGAAUGUGGUGGAAACAAUGGCCUGCUUUAUCUGUCCAAGUUAUGCCAGGGAUCCAAAGGGCCGUGUAUCUUCUUCCGGGACAUGUGGCUCACUCCGAAUGAGUUCCAGUACGUGAGUGGGCGAGAAACGGCCAAGGACUGGAAGCGGAGUAUCAGGCAUCACGGGAAGAGCAUGAAACUGUUGUUGUCCAAGGGGAUCUUAGCUGUCCACCCACCGGACUGUGACUGUAAAGGUUGUAGAAUCAGCUCUCCGGUGGUAAGUAGUUCAUCUAAAUUAACCUAG